CUUAGUAGUUUUCUAUCCAAUUUAAUAAAUUUACCGAUUAGUUUUGACGAAAAUAUAUUUUAUUACUUAGGGUUAUUUUAUUCAUUUUCUUUAAAAUAUAAAAUUAUUAAUAUUUUGCAACGAUCACUUAACUAAUUUGUUGGCAUUAUGGAAUAUUUGGUUUAAUAAAGUAAAAAAUUUAAGAUUCCAUUGAAUUCUUUUUAUAGGUGAAGUGGGAGGAAAAUUGUUGUUCUAGAUCAACAUACAAAGUGAAAAUUAUUAGGUGUAAAGGAAUCUAAUUAUCAUAAUAAUAAUAUUGCAUUUGUUAUUAGAUAAUUUAAUUGUUUCCCUUCAUCUAUGAAUCUCAAUCUCAACUUCGAAGGAUUAAAGGACUCAAUAAAUAAACAAAAAUAAAAUGCCUUUUAACGCCCGUCUUGCCUUGCGUGAAGAAGACGUGGUGCGACUGGCCCUAGAAUUUCUCGAUAAUCGUGAGUUACAUAUCACACAAUUAUCACUAGAACGAGAAACUGGAGUGAUUAAUGGGCAGUACUCUGAUGAUGUUUUAUUUCUCCGUCAAUUGAUUUUGGAUGGACAAUGGGAUGAUGUAAUAGAAUUCAUACAACCAUUGGAGACUCUGCCGGAAUUCAACAUAAAAAAAUUUUGCUAUACAAUUCUGCGUCAUAAAUAUGUUGAAUUGUUAUGCAUUAAAUCAGAAGCUGGAGGAUCUAUUACAGCUCCUGGGCAAGGUGUUAAUUCAAUGGAGGGUGCUGUAGAAGAAGUAGUACAAGUACUUGAACAAUUAGAAAAAUUAGCCCCCUCUAAAGAAGAUUAUUCCAAUUUAUGCUUACUUUUAACAUUUCCAAGACUAGCAGAUCAUUUACAAUUCCGCGACUGGAAUCCAAGCAAGGCUCGUGUGCAAUGUUUUCGAGAAGUUUAUCCUUUAGUGGAAAAAUAUUUGCCUCAUGAUUCAAAAUUGGAUUGUAAUCCAUCGGCAAAAAAUGAUCGGUUAAUACAACUUUUAAUUAAAGGAGUACUUUAUGAAUCUUGUGUUAGUUACUGUCAAGGUAAAGCCACAGGUGCAACUGGAAAUUUUAAUGAUGAUAUGUGCUUUUCCAAACUUCUUGAUGGAUCGGUUGGCUUUAGUGAUUCUGAUUUGUCAUUAUUGAGUUGGCUUCAAUCGAUUCCUUCAGAGACGUUUUCAGUGCCUUUUGAACAAAAAACAUUAAACGUAGAUGUAGAGCGUUUGGAAAGACCAACAUUAGAAACAUCUUGGACCGAACAUAUGAUGAUAACACCUAUCAAACCAAAAACGUUUCCACAUUCUGUGAUGCCUUUUACUAGACCUAGGAGUGCCGCUGAUGUCAUGACACGUUCUUUAAUACCGAAUCUCGAAGGGUUACCCUUUGGUUUGAAUGCUGCAAAAAUAAACGAAACAAUAGAAAAAAAUUCCAUGUCCCGCUCAAGUUUUGCAAGCUUCCACUUAACAGGAAUCAAACCCACUAACAGGAAUGUAAUGGUAUCAAGUGUAGAUCGUUUAUUUACAAAUGAUUCAAGUGGUGUUGUUGCUGGAAACAAUACUCAUGGUGAAUUUGAAAGCUUGCCUUCUAUUCAAGAAAUACCAGCGCAAAAAUUAAAAGACUUAAAAAUAAAUGAGAGAAAUCAUGUAGACUCUCAGCAGAAUGAGUUUUCACAAGAUAAAACAACGUCUUCUUCAGGUAGGAAUAGUCCAGCAACUGCCACUUCAACGGCAAAAAGUUCUCGAAGGGAUUCUUUAACCGACAAGCAUUUUCUUUCUGAAGUAGAAUUACCCUACACUGAUCCUGUAGUGGAUUCAACGGCACACAUACAAGCACAUACAGUGGUUCCAACCCUUCAAAUGCAUGCUAAUAGUUCACACUUGGUUCAAUCAAAUACGUCACAAAAAAGUGGAGUAAAUGAAGCAAAAACUGAACAUCAAAUUUCAAACAUGCAACCAAAUAUAUAUGAUAAAGCACAACCAAAUGCAAUUCAAAAGUUAAAUUCAACACAACUCCCACUUUCUGGUUCGCAAGGUAAAACUGACAUGAAUUUUGCUACAAGAAUGAAGGGCGAAUUAUUUGAAAAAUAUCAACAACAAAAAAUGAGCAAAGAAAUCGAUGUGAAUGAUUUGAAUUCAAAAGAUGUGGUAAACAAUCAAAACGAAUACGCAGACAAAAACCGUGAAAAUAUUACUCAAAUGCCUCAUGCAAAUAAAAAUAUCGACAAUGAUAAUAAUCGUCCUCAAUUUGUUGCUGUAACUACUCUUGAAGAUGUUCAAGCAGUACGGUGUGCUGAAUUUCAUCCAAGUGGGACAAUUUAUUCUGUUGGGUCAAAUUCAAAAACUUUCAGAAUUUGUGAAUAUCCUUCUUUAACAGAUGUACACGAACAUCACGUCACUUAUCAACCUACAGUGUUAUUUAAACGCACUAAACACCAUAAAGGAUCUAUAUAUUGCAUGGGUUGGUCACCUGAUGGUGAACUAGUAGCCACAGGUUCUAACGACAAAACAAUAAAAUUAAUGCGAUAUAACGAAAUUAAAAAGCAAUUAGAAGGCCAAGAAAUAGAAUUAACAAUGCACGAUGGCACUAUUAGAGAUUUAUGUUUUUUAGAAGACUCAAUAAACAAAACAAGUUUACUUAUUAGUGGUGGCGCAGGUGAUUGCAAAAUAUAUGUUACAGAUUGCGCAACAGCAACACCUUUCCAAGCAUUAAGUGGUCAUGGCGGACAUAUAUUGUCUUUGUUUAAUUGGGGUGGUGCUAUGUUUGUUUCUGGUUCUCAGGACAAAACAAUUCGAUUUUGGGACUUACGUACCCGAGGUUGCGUUAACACGAUAACGCCAGCUACAGCUCCCACAACGAGACAAGGUUCACCAGUUGGAUCCGUUUGUGUAGAUCCUUCCGGAAGAUUAUUAGUUUCAGGACAUGAAGAUAGCUCUUGUGUCUUAUAUGAUAUAAGAGGAAAUAGACCAAUUCAAUGUUUCAAACCACAUUCGGCAGAUAUUAGGUCAAUACGAUUUUCACCUUCAGCUUAUUAUCUUUUGACAGCAGCAUAUGAUAAUAAACUUGCAUUAACUGAUUUACAAGGUGACUUAACUUUGCCGCUUCCAUCGGUUGUUGUAGCGCACCACACUGACAAAGUUAUUUCCGGUCGCUGGCAUCCGACAGAUUUCUCUUUUAUUUCAACUUCAGCUGACAAGACUGCCACCAUGUGGGCUUUGCCACCACUAUAAAGUACACUUUAUUUUACUGUAGGAUAAAUUAAAAAAUGUUAAUCAAGAAUAAAUGGAAUUGAGUUUAACUUAAUUUUCAUUUGAUUUUUUAUUAUUACUAGUUAUUCAAACAAAUAUAAAAAUACAAUAAUUGAUAUAAUUAGUCUACCACAAAAGUUAUAUGGACAUUAAAUUAUUCAAUUAAAUUACGAAUAUAUUAAUUACUUAAUAAAUUAAAAAUAUGUAAGCACAA